AUGACCACCACCGUUGAAGCCCCGACGCUUUCAUAUGUCCAGGUGCCCGAGACUUCGCAGUCUCUGGAUUGGGCCGACCUGAUAACGCUUGACCUGUCAAAAUUCGAUCAGCCUGGAGGGAAACACGAGCUCGCCGCCGAGUUCAUCAAGGCCAUCGAAGACGUCGGAUUCUUCUACGUCAAGAACCACGGGUUGAGCCGAGAAGACAUUGACCACCAAUUCGCGAUUGCAAAUGCCACACUCGCCCUGCCCAGCGAAGAGAAGUCCAGAUACAGAGCAGCUCUCGAGCAAGGCGACUACAACGGCUGGAAGCCGGCGGGCACGCGGAAUCUGAUUCCUGGCGUGAAGGACAAUUUCGAGAUCUAUAAUAUCCCCAAGUUCAUCCCCGAGCAUGCCGAUCGGACGCACCCGGACGUGGUCCAGAAGCAUUUGCCCACGAUCGAGACGUUUUCCAAGCACAUUCACGACCAGAUUGUGACCAAGCUGCUGGUGGUUUUCGCUAUUGCCCUGGGUCUCGAGGAUGAAGAGUGGUUCGUCAAGAAGCACCGGUACGAGAAGACCAGCGGCGAUCAUCUCCGCUACAUGAAAUAUUAUGCGCGCAGCGAGGAAGAGAACCAGAAACUGGGGGGUGUUUGGCUGAAAGGACAUUCGGACAUGGGCAGCUUGACGCUUCUUUUCCGCCAGCCCGUGGCUGCUUUGCAAGUGCUCAGCAAAGACGGAACGUGGAAAUACGUUCGACCGCAAAUGGACGCCCUGACGGUGAAUAUCGCGGAUGCCCUUCACUUCCUAACUGGCGGAUACCUGAAAUCCAGUAUCCAUCGCGUCGUUGCGCCUCCCAAGGACCAAGCGCAUAUUGACCGGCUGGGCGUCCUGUAUAUGGUGCGCAUCGAGGACGACUCGGACCUGGUGCCGAUCAAAGAAUCACCAGUUCUGCGCGAUCACGGACUGCUUGGUGACGGGGUGGUUGGCGGCGAUGGCAAUCCCAUCAAAGCCGGGGAGUGGGUGAAGCAGCGAGUGAUUAAGAACCUGAGCACCACCACUCCAGACGACGGGGAUAACGAGGUGAAUCAAGUGGAGAUUGUCAAGGGGGUCAGUGUGCAGUAUUACGACUAG